CCUGGAUUGUUCACAAGGGGCAUUGGAUAAAGUAAAAUUGCUUCAAUCGCUCGUUUGCUUUAAAUCGCUUGUGCUUAAAUUCUAAGAGCCCCCGUCAGAAUACAUGGUCGACCCAAUGAGUUAUGGGACCGAGGCCUGGGUGUUCUGAGCCAGGAGACCGUUGGAGCAACGAAUACAUCGAUCCCGAGACAAGCGAGUUAGUGCGAGAGGAGUACGACCGUCGCGUGGAGGACGUCGGUGGCGAGCAGUACGAGUACGAGCGCGCAAUCGUCACCCGCGAGAAGCCAGACGACAUGACGUCACGGCGCCGGGGCUGCCCGCGGGCCCGGCGCGACCCGUGCGGUGGCAAGAGCAGCGGCGGCUUCGGUCGCUACGGCACCGGGGCCGACUGCGGCGGGGGACAGGCCUACCGCAGCCCCUGCGACGGCGACCAGGAGGAGCAGUACAUUCCGGCCGAGCGGAUUGCCAAGGCGGACGAGAGACUGGACGCGCUGGCCAGCCAGCUGAAGGAGUCGUACACCAGUCUCAAUGAAGGGUUGUGCAAGGUGCAGAAGUGCAUGACCGAGGGCUUCGCGACGAUCACAGGCAAGAUGAAGGAAAUAGAGAAAAGCACAGACAAGACGAUGCAGGGGAUUGAUGAUCAGAUUCGAACGGCAGAAGAAGAGCUGAAUAAAAAUGUUCGGCUGCUCAACAAUGACAUUGCCGAGACUCAGGAGACGUUUUGCAGGAAUCUGGACAAAGCGAGAAGAGACAUGGAGAAGAUGGAGAAACACUUUCGUCGAGAAAUAUGCGAGAUUCUGCGUGAUAUGAAAGCUGACGCCUGUUCGUAACUGACAUAUUUUGUCUUGGUUUAUACCGUCCUUUUGCAUUUUGCCUCACUGAACAUUUAAGCAGCUUUAUUUCCGGCAUUUGUGCUCACCUUGCGGACCUUACGAUACGUGCCAAACCCUAUAAAAAUAUCUUACGGUUGAUUUGAACAUAUCUAUUUUUCUGAUAUCUCGAGUCAUUUGUCCGCGUGGGAUACGGCAAGUCGACAAUAUCCGGACAAAUGUAGCACCUGCAACUUGGAGUGUUGCGGAACAUCUCAUUGCGUCCGUGACAUGCCUCUCGAAGCAUUUCGCAGCCGUGAAUAAGUCUAUCUGUGUGGUGGUGCUGCAGAAGCUGGCUUUAAUGUAAAAUUGCCCUAAUAUAGAGAACAAGAUAAUCCAUUCUAA